AUGGGCCCACCGGCGAAGAACACGGUCUCUGCUGCUGCCGUUUUCAAGAAGCAGUGCACUUUCAAGGAACAAGACAACAUCACACGUCAGGCAAAAACAAGCAACCCCAAUUUCACUGGAGAAGAUGCCGACACUAUGACAUUGCUGAGCGCCGGGUCUCAUUCGAGCGCACGGAGCGUAGAGAAGAGAGGAGCAAGAAAGAGGUCUUCGAACAUGCACCCUCUGGGCGUAGCCUUCAAAGAUGCCAGCGAUAAGUACCGUCGCCAUAUCUACAAGACUGCUUCUUCCAAAAUCAACAAGACCCUCGAAAAGCUUCUUCAUACCCUCUACGAAGGCACCCUGCAGACUGUUAUUCGCGACAGUAACCAGCAGGACCCCAAUACCUCGCCCCUUAAGAUUUCUGCCCCAGCGAAGUACGAGCGCCUAGCCACUCAGCUCUAUCAACCCAUCUCUCAGUUCACUCUAUCACUACGGCGCACUGACAGUGAGGGAAAGAGUGUACGUCUUGAUCAGACACUUGAGACUCGCAUGCUCCACUACGACGAGUUGAUCACCAAAGAGACAGUCAAACUAGCGAAGUUGCAGAAGGAGUGGGAAGUCGUCUUGGGCGAGAUCUGGAAGCUAGGAGCUGCGUGCCUAGGCGAGGAAGCUAUGGAGGAGAUGCUGUUCACUAAGCGGCCAUCGGACGAAUCGGCCUUGCCAGUUCCAUCCUCACCAUCGAAAGUCACUGACGCCGAAUCCACGCUCUUCAUUCCCGAACACGAGAGUUCUCCAGCACGCGAUAAGUCUCGUACCAACAGGAAGCGCGUUACUUUUCUCGAAGAAGAAGCACCAACAUACGUCCGCGAUAAGAACGCCACCACCUCAACGACCAUGUUUCCGAAGUUCAUAUACCAGCCUUCAAGGUAUCGCAAGGACACGCUGCCUCUUCCAUCAAGACUCUCUGAUGAUGACAUCAAGAACCUGGAGAAGAAGGUGGAAGAACUGGGUAGGCAGGAGAUGGGCGAGCUGCGUGAAAUUGAAAAGGAACAUCAGGCGUACUGGAAGAAGAAGACGGCACAGCUUGCUGUUGCGCUGAAGAGUGACUGA